AUGGAGCCCCAGGUCAUCAGCGAAAACACCCCUCUGCUUCCUUCUACACCCUCCUCUUCCGAGACUCGACCCCGAAAUACCAGAACCGUCACCUUCAGCCCCGACCCCGUCACAAAGACCUUCGAACCAGAGUCCUAUUCCUCGCGAAGUAGCAAUGCCUCCAUCGCCAAUCCUGUUAUCGGCGCGCCUCGUGCAAGCCCUCCCGUGCUUACCGCGCUGAACAACAAGCUCAGAAGGCGCAACAGCCAUGGAGGCGUCACCACCAUUCAACCUCACCUUGGACCCAAGAUUGGUCCCCAACGAAGUACAAAAAAGACAGAGAAGCUUAAACUCCUACCGAACCCCGACAUUGAAGGUGACGAGGAUGAAGAGAGCGGCCGAGAUGUCUACUCCCAGUACACAAGAAUCAAGGAUCCCACUGCCAGGAGAGAUGCCGCCAGGUUGGGCAAAGGUGACCGUGAUCGAUUACCUCGAGUUACGGCAUACUGCACAGCCGACAAGUACCAAAUGGAAUCGUUGAUGCGAUUUCUCAAGGGACGAGGCAAAACGCGCGGUGCCAAUCCCAAAAUCAUUGAUGAAUGCAUCUACACACCAUACUCAUACGCCAAACCCAGCAGAAUCCACCAUGACCCAAUUCGAAACUAUCAACGACGGCACUCGACUGGUGGUGAAACCAUGGAAGAAGAAGCCCAGCGACAUCAAACUCUUGGUCUGCAAAACCAGGACUCAGGCUACGCUGAUGAGUUUUCAGCUGACGGCAUUCCCGAUCCUAGUCACCUAGGCAAUGAGAAUCUAUUGGGACCAGCCGUCACAGAGGAGGCACCGGCGACGGAGAACGUCUUGGAUUUUGACACUCAAAUUCACACGCCGGAAGUUUUCCUAUUUGACUACGGCGUCGUUGUUAUAUGGGGCAUGACAGAGUCCGAAGAGGCCAAAUUCCUCAAAGAGCUGGCGAAAUUCGAGCUGGAAAAGCUGGCACCAGAUGAUAUAGAAACCGAACUCUUCAACUUUUAUUACACUCGCGAAUACCAGGCUCGGAUAUACAACGAUUUCAUUACGCUGAGAGACAAAAACAACUACAUGAUCAAGCUGGCUAUAUCCCAUGCACUCGCACAAAGCGUCAAGACGUCUCUUUAUGAAGAACUAAUAGCUACCACCGUUGACACAUGCAAAGACAUACCCACUCACAUUGCCCUCACCGGCAAAAUCAACCUCUCUCGAAAACAAAUAAACAUGCAAAUUGGCGACCUCUUCAUCCUCCGCAUUGCCAUCCACCUCAACGGCUCCGUUCUUGACACGCCAGAGCUCUUCUGGGUAGAACCUCAACUCGAGCCCGUCUACCAAGCAGUGAGGAGUUAUCUGGAGAUGGACCAGCGCGUGGGCUUAUUGAAUGAGAGACUUGACGUUAUUGCUGACUUGUUGGCCGUGCUGAAAGAUCAGUUGAGCCACGGUCAUGGAGAGAAGCUCGAGUGGAUUGUUAUCAUACUGAUUGCCAUGGAAAUCUUUGUUGCGUGUAUUAAUAUUGCCGUUGAUUUGUGGGCUGGCGAAAUAUAG